AUGUACAUUAUCUCUGACGAAAAGUGUCUUCUGCUCUACGCAGUAAAUAUCAUCAUCAAUAACGCAACUUCGAUUGACCAACAUGUGGCAUUAAAUCUCAUUUCGGGGAUCCAAAAGCAACGCGAAGUAACGGGACAAGAAGCCUUCUUCGUCCAGACAACUGGCUUGUCGGCCUUUGACGGGAACACGAACUGGCCGUUUGGUCAAAUCAAAAAUACAGACAACGUAUAUGACUGGGAGAAACAGUCCAAAGACACGUAUGUAGUGCGAGAUGUCGAUAGGUUCGUGAUUGAAGAAACGAAAAAGGCCGGUAUCACUGGGUUCCUGGUUUUUCCUCCCAUGCUUCAUGGCCGAAGCGAUGGCGCAUGGAACCAGCAUUCGCCGCAGUUACCAGCGCUUAUCAAGGCCAGUAUCCAAAACAAGCAAGUUUACAAAUUUAAUGAAAACCGAGAGGCUCCUCUAGCCCACGUUUCAGAUAUCGCAAGUUUUUAUGGCCUUCUACUGGAGGCUAUUCAACGCAGCGACGCAAUUCCCACCGGAGAACGUGGGUGCUAUUUCCUUGCUUCCCACGUUGUGCAGUGGUCGGAUAUCAUGGAUCAACUCGCCACGAACCUUCAUAAUCGGGGUUUGGUCGCGACGGAAUCGACACAAAUUUGGCCCUCAGACGAGAUGGCCGCCCAAUCGGUCGGGGUGCCAGUGAAAUUUGCCUACAGCAUGUGGAAUGCGAGUUAUGUCCACUUAUAUGAUAAACUCCUUCAUCGAAUUCGUCGAAUCGUUUUACCAAUGGACUCCCAGCCCGAAAGUAGUUUGUGA